UAGCCGCAAACAAGGCGUCGCAACUGGCUGACACAUUACUGGUAUAUGUACUUCCCCAGUACUUUCCACAUAAUCAGUUUGUGUACAGCUCUUGAUAUAUCAACAGUAUUCGCGCUACACUCUACUCUACUCUACGCUAGUAUUUUUAUUUAAAUUUUUAUAAAAAUCAGUAUGAAAACGUUAGUGUUUUUGAGUUUUGUUAUACUUAUCUUUGUAUCAACAUGCUGGGCUCGCGAUAUGAUAGUGGGUACUAGUUACAACACGCGACUGGUUUGGCAACAGAAGGCCGAGUAUAGAGCUAUUCCUUUCAAGAAGAGAGUAAAAGAGGUAUUCUACACGGAUCCAAGUCAACAAAUAAUCAGGGGUGUGAUAGCCAGGGACUUGGACCACAAUGACGCAACAGCCACUAUAACUGCAGGGGGCGUGGGGUCCAGCUUCGUUAACAUUCGUAUGAAGAGCGAACGCGGCGGCAGCCUAAAUUACCAAAUCGAGAUUUACGUGUAACCGAAGUAAUUAGAAAUGCUAGUUAAUUAGAUACAGUAAUUACCCAACUACCGGUUUAUAUUUAUAUUCAAUGCAUGUGAAUUAUAAUACAAUUUAUGAAAAUAGUGCUGAGUUUGAUAAAACCAUAAAGAAAUAUGUUUUUGUCAUAUGUAGAACUCGCUAAGUGUUUUAAACUAGUUGAGAAUAUAAUAAAAAUCAAUAUAUUAUAUUAAUGAACUUAACAUUUAUAUUGUCUCAUGUAUAUAGUUUUAAUGAUUGCGAUUGAUUUGCACGUAUUUGUUAUUCAGUAUUUAAAUAAAUUUUUGUUGUAUUGUUAAUUCAUAAAUCAAAUAGACCUACUUAAAUUUAUUUCGAGUUUAUUUUUUUUUUAUAACCUAAAGGUUUUUGUUAUAAGCAUGAUUAAAGAGCGCAGGUGUAUAUCGUAAACGAUAAUUUUACGGUUACUUUAGACAUACAUACUUUUAUUAAGAUAUUCUAUUUAUAAACAGCUUCCGAAUAUAUGAAAGUGUAUCAUG